AUGGAUGAACAACUUGUAAGCUCUGAUAAGGCAUUAGCUAGUACCCUUAUGAAGGGGCUCUCAAGUAUGACUUUUAACAAAAGUCAUACAGUGCAUGACCACAUUAUGGAGAUGAGAAACAUUGCUGCUAAAUUUAAGUCCCUUGAGGUUGAUAUGUCUGAGCCAUUUCUUGUGCAUUUCAUUCUCAACUCACUUCCUGCGAAAUAUGGCUAUACGGUUAACUCUAAGGGAUUUAGGUUUUAUUGUCCUUCUCCUAAAAUUAUUGAGGCUGGAAAUGCCAAAUUUCUUGAGGAGCAUAAAGAGAAUAGGAGUGGUUUGACUCAAAGGAUGGAAUUGGAAGAAAUGAGGGCACCACCUGUGGUACCUUUAUAUAUUGAGAACUUGAAUGUUGCUCAGAAAAAUUCUCAUGAAUUAUAUGAACAAGAACAAGUUCAAGAUCCACCACCACUUGAGGAGCCACAUGAAGAUCAAUCUACUUUACCUGAACCCAUUGAAGAAACGUCUGAAACAAUGAGAGUAAGAAAAUCCUCACGAGUUCGAAAAUCAGUAAUUUCUAAUGGCUAUGUUGUAUAUCUCAAAGAGUUUGAUUAUGAUAUUAGAAUAAAAAAUGGUCCAUGCUCGUUUUCACAAGCCAUGAGAUAUCAAAGUAACCCUGGUCUUGACCAUUGGAAAGCUGGUAAAAGGGUUUUGAGAUAUUUGCAAAGAACUAAGGAUUUUAAGCUCAUAUACAAAUGCUCUAACUCAUUGGAGGUGAUUGUAUAUUCAGACUCUGAUUUGGGUGGAUGCAAAGACAUUGGUAAAUCCACUUCAGGAUACAUUUUCCUUCUUGCUGGAGGUGUUAACUUUAUUUCCGGCCUUAGGAUUGCUGAUUACAUUUCACGGCUAUUGAGAUUCUUCUGUGAUAAUUCAGCUACAGUGUUCUUUUCUAAGAAUAAUAAAAGUGGCAGCCGAAGCAAGCACAUCAACAUAAAGUACUUGAUGGUUAGAGACUAUGUGAAGAAGCAAGAUGUGAAUUUUGAGCAUAUUAGUACUACUUUGAUGAUUGCUGAUCCGAUGAUUAAAGGUCUGCCAGCUAAUAUUUUCAAGGAUCAUGUAAACCAUAUGGGUAUUAAUAGCUCAAUUUAG